CUGGAUGUUUUACAAGAAGCUUAAUUGUGUUUGGCUACAGGUUGCAGCCUAAAAAAGUUACAAUACCACUUAUCAAAAUGAAAUGUAAAUGUCUUAUCUUGGAUGAAGCUUCUUUAUGUGAAAAAGAGGGUUUUUUUUCCCCUUUUUGGACAAUGGUCGCUAAGUGUAAGACGUCCAGAGAGGACCUUUGGAGUGGUAAAAUUUGAGCGGGACUAUCUGAUGGAUGGAAACUGGUUUCACCAACAUCCCUCGUUUUGGAGGGUCAGAUCUGGUAAUAUCUUGGUCUGGAACAUUAGAGGACUAGUUAACGAGGAAUUUUUCGGUUGAUGGAGCUCAUACUCUUUUCUGAUGACCACUAUUAAUUGGUUUGUCUGGACUCUGGAGGGCAGGAGUUGGCACCCGACCCUUUUUUGGGCUUGGUUGAUUGGAGAUCCAAUAUCUAAAAUUGUGGUGGAUGAUUAUCUUGUCUUGCAACUUCUGACCUACAUGAUCUAAUAUGUUUGAUACACAAAAGGACCAAAGAAUCAUGUUGAAGAAGUGGAAAGAGAUGUAUUGAUACCAUUAAUUAGCAACUGGAGAAUGAAUUGGUUGAUUAAAUCUGCAAGAUUCCUUUGCAAGUAGUUCCAUCUGGAGCCGUAGCUUCAGUGGUUUUCAGACAGCCUUGGCCCGCAUCACGUGAACGAGGCGUGAAAGGCAAAAUGUCUCGAAUAUCAAAAAAUACUUGUUGGAUUCUGGUGUCACUUAUUGGUAUUGGAAGGGGCUUUCGUUACUAACCUCAGCAAGUUGUGUACAUGGAUGGAUCCAAAUCCACCUUAUAGAUUCCUGUCCAUGGAUUCGAACAAAAAAAUUUGGGGCCAACACAACAUGGUCGUCUUCUAGAGACGAGUCUGUUCUUUUAGGUUCUGCAUUUUUUGUUUACCCAAAUAUUUGUUUUGUUUUGUCGAAACACGAACGAGACCGUUUCAAAUAUUUCUUCCGAAUUCUCGGGCGAUACUUUCUCCGAUCGGCCCAGAUAAACCGACACACCCGAAACCUUGACAGCCGAGGCUAUUUUUAAUCCAUCAUGCGAUACGUAUCGCACUCGCGUAUCCUCUCUCUCCUCCCGGUCUCUGCCUAUAAGAAGGGCGGACAGCGGGCAAACGGACGGCGCAGAUAGACGGCAUCUCUUUGCCAUCUUUCAUCCCGGUCGUCUCUUCCCUCCUCUCUUCUCCAGCGUCCGAUCUCCUUCCUCCGCCACCCCAGAGAAACCAACAGUGGAAAAUUAAUUAAAAAAACUCUCCAAGAAAAAUCCCAGCCAGCGUCUCCCCCCCCCCUUCUCGCGCCCAAAAUACGAAAAGAAAAGGCUCUCCCUUCCCACAUCCAGGGUUCCGGCAGGGAGGAUGGCGGAGGCGCCGGCGAGCCCCGGCUGGGGCGGCAGCCACGAGAGCGGUGGCGACCAGAGCCCCCGAUCCAACGUCCGGGAGCAGGAUCGCUUCCUCCCGGUAGCCAACAUCAGCCGGAUCAUGAAGAAGGCGCUCCCCGCCAACGGCAAGAUCGCCAAGGAUGCCAAGGAGACCGUCCAGGAGUGCGUCUCCGAGUUCAUCAGCUUCAUCACCAGCGAGGCGAGCGAUAAGUGCCAGAGGGAGAAGAGGAAGACGAUCAAUGGGGAUGAUCUGCUAUGGGCGAUGGCGACUCUAGGGUUCGAGGAUUACGUCGAUCCUCUGAAGCUUUAUCUACAGAAGUAUAGAGAGAUGGAGGGUGAUAGUAAGUUAUCUGCGAAGGGUGGAGAUGGGUCAGUCAAGAAAGAAGGUGGGGGAUUUCAAGGAGGAACUCAGGUGAGUACAAGCAUGCAAGCGGAGUACAAGGUUGCACAACAGGGUUCUUUUACUCAGGGCAUGAAUUAUAUGAAUCCUCAGAGAAUGGGUCUACAAUUAUAUCAUACAGAAACUUCUAGAGGAGAGUGAUCUUGCUUAUAUUGAAGUUUGAUUGUUGGACAACUAAAUAAUGAAGUUCAUUUAUGAAGAAAUAUAAUGCCACACACUAACCCGGCCACCAUGGGAAGCAGUUAAUUUAUCAAAGCUUCUGUUUCAAAGUCAACUUCUGUAAAGAAAAGGAUUUUGGUUAGUUAUAGUUCUUUCCAGUUGAAAACUCUUUUUUUCUGUUGUAGUUUUCUUUAAUAAAUGAUUAAAAUUAAAGUUUCUUUUUUUUUUUGUUGCUGGGUGUCCUAAGUGGUUGACUUAGGUAACUAUAGAACUCAGUAUGGCCGGAUCAACAGAAACUAUAAGAGCAUUUAUGUAUGCAUUUGUAAACAGUGCUUACGAAGCAUUAUGACAAUGCUAGAAUGACACCAGAGUGGAAGAUCAGUUAUGCCCCCCAUUGUUGAGAAAGGACCAAAGCUUUUUGGUUCACCUGCUUUUGAAAGACCUGUCAUUUUAGUAAAGAGUAGAGUUUCCCAACUUUUAGUCACCAUCUAGUUCUAGGUACCGGGACGAUGAGGGCCCUCAUUUUGUUGUGCUGUCUUCUAUCUGUGAAACCUGUUCUUCUCAUCAAUUUCACUCAAUAGAAUAUAGAGAGAUUAUAAUCUUUA